AUGUAUUCGUCUGGUUUCAAUCCCUACCAGGGAUUUCCUGGCUAUGGCAAGAGUCGAGGAAAAGGCAUAAAGGGCAGGCCUACUCUUGGCUACGAGGGCAAAGUGUUGAAUCGCAACUACGAGGGUGAGGAUGCGAAUCAGUGGAAAGACGAAAGGAUUCGUCAGGCGCAGUUGCAGCGUGAGCGGCAUCGGAGAGACGGCGGAAUCGGAGUGGCCUUGCAGAAGGCCGAUGGUCCGCUUUGGACAGCACAUGCGGAAGUUGAUCCCAUUCUUGGAGACUGCGCGCCCUCUCAGGACAGCUCUGCCGAAGAGGAAGAGUUCCCUGGCGACUUGAGGCCACCAUGCGAGGAGUCAAACCAGGCACGCUGGCACGAGGAGAAGGAGCAAUGGUACCAGGAGCAGUGGCAUGAGGAUGUCAAGGAAUCAGAACGCGACCGGGGUUGGUGGCGGCAGCAGCCAGCGGAGGAGAAGAAGUUGGAUGCCCGUGCACAGGAGACCGGGAGAGAUUGGCAGACUGGGGACUAUCUCCACCAGCAGCGUCAGAAGGAAAGCCAUCUGGCAGAUAUGGCCAAGUUUGCCAGCUUGUUGAAUAGGCACAACUUGCCCCGCGAGGCAGCUGGUGCACCAGCUACACUAUCCUCUCCUAUCAAGACGAGCUUGGAUGGGCAGUCGGUUGAGGCGAAGCAAACGCCCGAUACACGGCAACAGCCGCAGGAACCGCUGCAGGAGAUCAGGGAAGAAGAGGCGCCGCCAGUCGAAGGG